AUGCCUUUGUUUGUAAAAGAUGACGAGGAGGAAACUGAUGAACUUGUGUUGAAUUUGAACAGUGUGAAAGAUGACAAUAAACCAGAAGAGCAAGUCAAUGAAGAUGAACAAGCUGAGUAUCCAUUGAUAGAGAAAGAGGAAGAAGAUUUGGUGGAACAGAUAGAACCAGUCAAUAUCAGCUUAACCUUACCUUUGAAAUUUCAACAGCUAAUACUGGAGGACUUGGUCUCAGAUGAUUCACUUUUGGUAUUGGGGAAAGGUUUGGGAUUGGAACCUAUUGCCGCUAAUUUGCUACAUACAUUAAGUGCACCAGCAACAAUUGCAAACGUAACCAAGAGAAGUCUUGUUAUAGUACUUGGGGCAAAUGAUGAAGAGAAUGAAAAAAUAUCAGAAGAAUUAACAGAGCUUUCAUGGAUUGAUGAUGGUGCUGAAGAUAGUAAAAGACCAUUUGUCGUUAUAAAGAGUGAUCAAUACUCAUCAGAUAAACGUCAAAAGUUGUAUCAAAGUGGUGGGAUCAUGUCUGUUACCACAAGAAUCUUCAUUGUGGAUAUGUUAUCAGGAAUUGUCGACCCAUCUAAGAUCACAGGUAUAGUGGUCUUGCAUGCUGAAAGAGUGAAUGAUUUAUCGAAUGAAUCUUUCAUUGUGUAUAUGUACAGGCAAAAAAACAAAUGGGGUUUUAUCAAAGCUUUAUCUGAUACAGCAGAGGAAUUUUCAUCAGGAUUUUCACCAUUACACAAAAAAUUGAAAGAUCUUAGGUUGAAAAAAAUCCUGUUGUGGCCUAGAUUCCAUAUUGAAGUGACCUCUUCUUUAUUGACAAAAGACACUAAAACUGUGACUGAAGUUAGAGUUUCAAUGACAGAAUCAAUGAAACACAUUCAUACUGGUUUGUUGGGGUGUCUUCAGAAAUGUAUUGAAGAAUUGAAGAGAAAAAACCCAACUUUAGCAAUAGAAUACUGGAACAUAGAGAAUGCACUUGACCCUCAUUUCUUAGGGAUCAUACAUAUGAUUUUAGAUCCUAAUUGGCAUAGAAUAUCUUUUGAUUCAAAACAAUUGGUCAAAGAUAUUAAACUAUUGAAAGAUCUACUGCGGUGUCUCAUAUCUUAUGAUGCUGUUGACUUUUAUGAAAUGAUUCAAUUGGUGCUGGAAGCUAAUAAACCCUCUGUUGAUAAAAGAAACACAGAAUCACCAUGGUUGAUGGCUGAUGAAUCACAAGCCGUUAUUGCAUAUGCAAAGAAACGAGUUUUUGCUAAUAAUGAAUAUGUUUUGGAAGAAGCUCCAAAGUGGGAACAAUUGGCAAUAUUACUAGAUGAUAUUGUGUUGGAAAGAUCUCAUAAUCCUCAAAAAGAUGGACCAGUCCUCAUAAUGUGCUCUGAUUCCAAAUCUGCUUUCCAAUUGAAGAGGUACAUUUCUACAAUGAAAGAAUCAAAAGAUACACAAAGAUCGUUCUCAGCUAGAAAAAUAAUGGUUGAUAAAUUGCAAGCAUAUUUGGAUUCCAAAGAAACAAAAGCAACAGUGACUUCAAAAAUUCAAGAAGCUGCUGCAAAGGAAAAUGAAGAUCAAGAAUUACACAUUUCAAGAGCUUUUGCUAGAGGUCCAGUGACUUCAAAGAGAAGAAGAACUAGAGGAGGUGCUGCUGUCGCUGCUGUUGGGAGAUUGAUGAGCGCCCCUGUAGCUGGUGAUGAUAUUGAAUCAAAGAUGAGCAAAGAGGAUGUUGAAAUGGAAUUAUUUGAAUUAGAUGCCAAGAUCUUGGAAGAUGUGGAGGUAUUGAAAGAGCAAACACCAAGUACUUUUUUCGAAUAUAUUGACAGAGAGAAUCAAGUGAUUAUAGAAAAAUACAGCAGUAAAACAAAUGAUUUGAUACUUCAGGAGUUGAUGCCAUCUUAUAUCAUUAUGUAUGAGCCAGACCUUGCCUUCAUAAGAAGAGUUGAAGUUCAUCAGGCGAGCUAUAAAGAUAAAGGAGCAGCAAAGACAUAUUUUAUGUAUUAUAGUGACUCUGCAGAGGAACAGAAACAUUUGACUGCAAUCAAAAAGGAAAAGGAAGCAUUUACCAAGCUUAUCAGAGAGAAAUCAGCUCUUGCUUCGCAUUUUGAAACAGAUGAAGAUUUCUCUAAAUUCUCAAUCAGGAAAUCACAAGUCAUGAAUACAAGAAUUGCAGGUGGGUCAACUUUUAGAACUUCAACUGAUGAAGCUAGAGUCAUUGUGGAUACUCGAGAAUUUAGAGCUCCAUUACCAGGUCUUUUGCAUAGAAUAGGUCUGAGAGUUGUCCCAUGUAUGUUGACUGUUGGUGAUUAUAUUGUCACGCCCAAAGUUUGUAUUGAAAGAAAAUCUAUUCCAGAUUUAAUUGGGAGUUUCAAAAGUGGGAGACUAUAUGAACAGUGUGAGCGUAUGUCCAAGUACUAUGAAUUACCAGCACUACUUAUUGAGUUUGAUAAUAAUCAAUCAUUCUCACUAGAGCCAUUUUCAGAAACAAGAGUGAGACCAAAUUCUGUCCAAGCACCUCACCCUUCUUCAUCAAGUAGAAUGCAAGAUGAAAUCCAAAUGAAUUUAGCAGCUUUAGUAUUGAAAUAUCCAAAAAUGAAAAUUUUGUGGUCGUCAUCACCUUAUCAAACUACUGAGUUGAUUAUGGAAUUGAAAGCAUCAAGAGAAGAACCUGAUAUAGUGAAAGCUGUGAAUGCAGGUUUGAAAGAAGAUAAACAAAGAGCCAAUGAUGAUACAAGUAUCACAAAUAUAGAUUUCUAUUCAAUAAUGAGGAAAGUUAAGGAUACAAGUAAAUUAGUUGAGAUGACUCGGGAUGAACUGGUCCAAACUGUUGGUGAGGAUCUUGGUGAGAAGAUUUAUGAUCACAUUCAAGCCAAUUAUAAAGAAUGA